AUGGUUUUUAUUCUACUUAUAUAAAUAUAAUAAUAAGUUAAGUUUAUAUUCUAUAAUAGAAAGAGUUUCUGUGAUUAAAGUUAUGAUUUAGAUUCAUUGUUAGUGAACAAUACCUAUAUUGAAUCUGAUGAAGAUAUAUUGUGGAAAUAAAGAUUGGACGAAUCGUCUGAUAGAUUUUGGAAUAAUACAGCUAACAUUUUUAGUUUAGUAAACAACACAUUAUCAUAGUUCUAUAAAUAAGAGUGGGAAUAAAUAUCUAAUUUAUUCCUUGCCUUAAAAUUCACUCCAAGGAAAAUAUUUCAUCUAUAAAUUUUUCAUCGAUAAUGUAAGAAUCAUCCAUUAUUGUAAGAAACAUAGAUGGUGGCAUUUAUAUAGUUAGAAAUUGUAAGUAUUUACAUACAACAAAAUAUUUUUGCUUAAUCACUUUGAUAAACUAAUUUCUCAUUAUAGAAUGAUAAACAAAAGUGGCCCAUUAACAGUUCAAUAUUUAAUGUACAAGAUAUAAAUGUAG